UACACAACGGCGGAUAUAAAAGGGGAGGGAGAAGCGGUCUUCCUUUCAGCGGCAGCAAAACUUGAUACCUUGAACUUCGAGGAUAUCCUCAGCAGAAACCCUACACGCGAUCCUCAUACCAAAACAUGUCGCUCACCGUCGGAAUCGCCGGCAUCGCGGGGAAAUUCGCGCGCGAGCUUGUCUCGGCGCUCCUCAAGUACCCGAACGUGGCCAUGAAGGGGUACUGCAGGGACCCGUCGAAGGUCCCCGCGGCGCUGUCAACGCGGGUCUCGCUGACGCAGGGGGACGCGUUCGACGAGGCGGCCGUGGGGCGGUUCGUGAGCGGGUGUGACGUGGUGGUGUGCUGCUACCUAGGGGACGAUAAGGUGAUGACGGAGAGGCAGACGCGGUUGGUGGACGCGUGCGCGGAGGCGGGUGUCCCGCGGUACGUGGCGUCGGACUGCAAGCAGAUGCACGAGCUGCGGAAGAACCAGCCGGAAAAGCUCUUCGCGUACAUCAUCCUGUUCUACGAGUACUACAUGUUCAACGGGCAGAUACUGCUGGGCCCCGAAACUGACAACCACAAGUAUCCCCAGGUGAAACCGGUAAGCUGGGAGGACUUCUUCAGGCGCGUGCCCAUGGACCAUCUGUCCUCGGCUUACUCCGGCGUCGGCCAGGGGGCAGGAGAGAACUGACGACAACAAUCUGGAGACGUGCAUACGCAUAGCUCAGGUAGUACGGACUGGGAGCGGGUAUCUAGCAUGCUAAUUAGCGCGGAUGGGGCAUAUUACAAGGCUCCUGGCAGCGCGGCGCUGGUCCUCAUUAGGCCAUUCUUCACUGUCCCCGUCCAAUAAGACAUCCGAGCGACAAGAAUGCUAUACGAAUCGUGCAGCGUGACUGAAUAUAGAAGUAUGAUCGCCAGGCAAAAA